GCAUACCUAUAUCGCGAAACGUAGUACGCGCGGUGCAGCAACUCGAGCCAAGAGCACCAGCGCCAGGAUCAUCACCCAGCAGCGUCGGAUGCGAUGCGUCGCGACGCUCGUCUGCAGCGGAGGGCACCAACCAACGCCGGGCAUCGAUUGGCCCGCUAGCCAUGACCCCCACCACAUGCUUUCCCUUUCAUCCAAUGGGAUCUCACUUUCGCGCUCGCUGGCUGUCGAGGCCGCUACCAGCACGCAGGCACAACCGGCUACCCGAUGCCGUUCCUCAGUGACUGGUGCAACCAUCGUGCGAGCACUCUCGUUAGUACGGAGUUUGGAGUCAGUCAGUGCGAAUAAAACGAGAAAUAAAGCAUAUUUUUUAUCGACGAGCGAAGUAAAUUUUUACGUUACAAAUAGUUUACGUUAUUAAUAACAGUAAUCAGAGACAAGAAAAAACGAACAAUAAGAGAAACGAAAUCGCGAGACUUGACAAUACACGAUGUUUUGUUUUUAAAAAAAAAAAAAACUCUUCUGCGGAUGACCAACAAUUUGUUUAUGGUUUUUUUCGAACAUCUCAUUUGGAGAACAGAAACAAAGAUACACCGGCGUUCUUUAUCCGAGUGAUUGUGGUCCCGAAGAGAACUGUUUUACACUCAAAGAUUUAGUCGUGUAAUUAUUCCCUGAAAGUGCAAAGAGACGAAGCAGAUACGGUUGAAGUGAAAAAAUCGAACGGUGAUUUUCUUGGACGAGAUAAUAAAGCGAGAGAAGCCGAGGUUAUCAGCCUCCGUUUACCGAACAAUAUAGAAAACAAACAAACAAUAAUAAACUUUAAAAUAUAUUCACGUGUGUUAUCGUUGUCAAAUCACCGAUUCAUGUAUAUGCCAAGUGCGUCGUAGCGAUUCUUGACGUUUGUUGUUCCCAUCUAGCGUUCGCUGCAACAAAACGUAGGUGCUGAUAAUGAGCUGAACCAUCGCCAAAAAAAAAAAAACAUAAAUAAGUAAUCGAAUAAACAGAGCCAUCAUUUCAUUCCAUAAUAAAUGAAUGGAAAUAGGGGGUUUAAAAAAAUUCACCGCGAUCCCGUUCCUUCCGAUUGAGCAAUCGAACCGCUACGCGUAACAACCACGUGGCUCUCGAAGUUCAAGUUGAAUGGGAACCGGGCGCACGCUUCUGAAAGAACGCCGGGCGCCCACCGAUGCAUCUACGACAUACGUCAAAAAAGUCAAAUCUGUAGCAAAAGUCGAAGAUGAAUGAAGUUCAUAAAAAUUAAAGAUCGUAAUAAAUAUAAAAACGCGACAAUGAAUCCUUGAAAGUUAAAGACCCUGACACUUUUGUUGUUGUUGUAAAACUUUUGUACCAUCCCCGAGGGAAAACCGAUAAAAUAAAAGGUCCUUGGAAAACAAGACGAAUAGAGAAAGUGAUCGACAACUGUGAUGAUAACGACGCAUUAGAAUAUUCGUAUACGUCGGUACGUCGUUUCGGGAGUUUUCGGUUUUUUUUUUUUCUUUUCCAGUUUUAUUUAUAAUUUGUAUGAUUUUUUUUUAUCCGUAAUCGUUACCGUCAUCUCGCGUUGUGAUUGUAUACGACGAAUAAUUUUCGCACCACAAAGGACCCCGAUCGAAUCGCAACGUUCUCGUAGUUUUCUUUCGUCGAAAUCUUUGGACUUCGAGUCAACAUCGAUCGUUCGUGUCGCUUCGCAUAGAGAAAAAAAAGAGCCGAAUAAAACCAAUCAUCAAAAAUGGCACCGAGACGACACGCUAACGGUCACGGUGGAAUGUUGGAUGCAGGUGGUAACGAAUUGGCUGACUUGGUGGCGAACGGUCAUCACAACAAUAACAACCACAACAACAACAACACCAUUCAAAAUACAACGCGUUGUUGCGCGCCCAGUGGCGAAUGCCUCCGCGGUGACACACCGAUACGUUUAAAUCUCCUUCAAGACGCGGUCAAAGUAACUUGCAACAACGAGAGUUGCCCGGUAGGCCAAUUCAUGCACAGGGAAUGCUUCGACGCGUGGGAACAAACGGUGUUGACUUACCUGAAGGGUUGCGGCCGCGCAAGAAGCUGGUCGGAGCGUCAACGUCAUCAGAAUCUCUGGACCAAAAAGGGUUACGAUUUGGCAUUCAAAGCCUGCGGCUGCAGGUGCGGCAGGGGUCACCUAAAAAAGGACCUCGACUGGAUGCCGCCCGGUCUCGUCGCCGUUGGACAUCGUCCCGAUGACGCCGAAGCUAAGAAAAAGAAGCGCAGGAAUCGUCAGAACACCAGACCUUCUUUAGCGUUGUCAGCCGGACCACCGGGACACGUUACUCACGGCGUUAUCGGAGUCAACAGGGGAAGCGAGGCUCAGAUGAUCGAGUCCGGACGUGGAAGGGCCGGAUCUUUGUCGUCCAGUACCGGGUCUAGCUCUCCUCCCGCGACCAGCGAACCGAGCGUCAGUCCUCUUCACCAGCCACAGUCGAUGUCCAAAAAGAAAAACAAGGUCGAUUUCUUCAGCGACAGAGCUAGGCAAAGCUGCGGAGCGAACGGAAUUUUCUCGAGGCGUCUCGACUUCAGAGCUUUCAACAGCUUGCCGAGGACAAAACUGAACUCCUAUCACAUCAAGAUGGAAGAUGAGGGUAACCACGGCAACGAUGACACCAGGUGUUUCAUCUUGUCGACCUUGGCCGCCCUCCAGUGGUCCAGAGUUUCUUGCGUCCUUUGCCGCGCGGCUAUGUUAGUCUUUGACAGGUAUCCACUGGUGGACGGUACCUUCUUCCUAUCGCCCAGACAACAUUCCAUCUCCUGCGCAGAGGUGAAGGUCGAAGGUCGCACUCAGUUUCUAUCAGCAGUCUGCAUGAGCUGUCUCGAAGGCAGUGGCGGAUCUCCGGUUCGUUGUCGCACUUGCACACAGCCAUGGGACGGCUCGAGUCUCGUGCUCGGCACAAUGUACAGCUACGAUAUUUUCGCUGCUAUGCCUUGUUGCACCGAACGCAUAAAGUGCAACAGCUGUCAGAAACCUCUGCUACUUCCUCAUCAGCGACUCAACUUCUAUUCGGACUACAGCCGAGUGUUUGCUUGCCCUCAUUGUAGGGCAUUAGAUGCGCACUUUGUGAAGCCACUGUCUGUGUGCUACACCCGCGAACAGUUCCAGCUGUAUAGCCAAUGGCCAUAACCAGGAAAGUGUCUAGAGCAACGUUUCAUCGCCAAAAGACCUCCGGUCUCCUUACACCCCCUGCUUUCAUUACUCGAGGCGAUACUUUAGUCGUCUACCGGUAAUGAUAAGGAAAAUUUUUAAAUGAAAAAGAAAUACGGGGUAGCGAAUAUCUCGCGUAAAGAGAUGAGAGCGAAAAAAAGAAGAAAAAAAGAAAAAAAAAUUAGGAGAUGAAAAUACGGUGGUUUUUUGAGCGUGAGGAUGACAUAGCGAGUCCUCGUACAUAAUAAAAUGGAUCGAGACAUUGUAUUUUUUCGUACUUUAAAAUUAGUGGUCGGCUGUAUAAUGUUGCUAUGAAACGAGAUUCGAGGGAAAGAAAUGGUCGCGAAUGUAUGGUGAUAUAUAUAAUUUUCUUUGCACCAAGAGAAAGAGAAAGAGAAGUGUUUUGGAUUUUUUUUAAUAUCUAUUUGUGUCGCCGAGUCCGAGAAUGGGUCGUAGAUCAAAUCAACGGGUGUGUUUUUUUCUUUGAUACAUAUUUGUUUUUCCUUUUAUUUUUAUUUAUUUUCGUUUCAAUCUUCGUUUAAUUUAUUACGAACGUCAGCGCGUGAUGAAUAAAAUGUGCUAAGUAUACAUAUAUGUGAUGACGUAAAGAUCACCGUAUUACCAUAUCCCCUUGCAACCCUACGACCCUGGCGGUUAGGAAGAGAUGAAAAAUAUUCAUGUCAUCAAGUUUUUUUCCUCUCACUCAGAGCUUGAUAGAGUCGAUUGGUUUAUAUAUAAAUCAAUCGAUCGAUUUAUUGAUUGAUAAGGUUCGCUGUAAGCUAAGGAUUAAGUGUUUAUAAUAAGUGAUCUUUGGUUGAUCUAGGAUCUAGGAUAGUACUGCGUCGAUCGGCGGCGAAUGGCCUACUAAGGAAAAAGAGAGAUAGAUAAGAAAGAAGGAACGAACGCGCGAAUUAAAAAUUCCCAGCCUUUCGACUAGUCAAAGCUAAAGUUCAAUUUACGAGAUAUAAAAAUAUUAAAAUUACCUUAGAUCGGUGCUAGUCUGAGGUUCGGGUCUCAAAAGAUAAUCAACCGCAUUAAAAUUUUACUCUGAAAUAAAAAAGAGAAAAAGCAAAAUACACGAUACUACCGAUGACUCGACGAAAAAAAAAAGGUCCCCAUUUCAUCCAAGUAGUCAAAUUAAUAAUAUUCGAAUUAACAUCUUCUUCAACGUAUGUAAUAAUCACUUUUAUAACCAUAUUAAUAAAACGAUCAAAUUAAAAAAAAAAAAAAGAAAAAAAAA